AUGGAACCCGAGGUGUCCUUGAACUCGUGCUCAGGGUCAUUAGAGGAUGUGAUGGCUGAUUACGGCGGGUUUGUUUACUCAACGGAUGGUAAUGGACCCGAUGCGAGAAAGAAACAAAGAUGUCACAUCGCUUCGGUGAUAUGUUCAAUGCUUAGCUUUGCUUGUAAUCGCCGCCAUAAUGGAUUACAACUGGAGAAUUCCAUUCGAUUCUAUGCGUGUGGGGUUUCGGAGACGGUCAACGAGUAUCUUCACUACUUGGGUUUAACCUCGCAUCGAAAAACGGCUGUUCACGCGCUACGAUCAUUGGCCUGUGAAGCACAGGAUAAGAUUGCAUCGUGCAUGGCUAUUUCAACUGAUGUGGCUCCGAUCCUUUGUAUCGACAACUUGGACAUGGAAGAGAGGAUUCAGAUUGCUACUGUAGGCAAACAGAAUCGGAUGUUCCAUGGGACCUGGGGAUACAUAAAUAUACCCAGCAGCGACCUAAUGAAUUCCCUCAACCCGAACGAUCUCACAUUGAGUGCCUACCACAAUGCCCUCAAAAAUGUCAGCUCCUUGGUGAUUGAUCCAAAUUUUUUUCUGCCAAACGAUGACGACCAGGAGCAUCACAAGCUAGUGGUGAAGAGCCAGAUCGCGCAAGUUAUGUACAAGUAUGUUGCCCGGCCUUCUCAUCCUAAAGGCAGACACCCGUUGCACCCACCCGAAGUCGAGCUGAUCAGUCAUAAGAAGCCCGAAAUCCACAUGCUGAAGCUCAUGAACGAGUCUGACAACUCGGCCAAGGGAAUCGGACAGGUCAUGGAUGCCCUACAGCACCAGACACGGCUCGAUCCCGCUGACUUCUUUGGUCGAUUACAGCUUAUUGAUGGGGACCUUGGGACGGCGCAGAUAUUUAACGCUAUCCGAGUACUCCGGUCCCCUAGUGAACACUGCGAUCACAGCCUCAACAACAUCUCUUUCACUUUGGGGGCGGCUCAUACAUUGUGGAAUAUCGCGCACACCAUACUGACCUAUCACUUUGGGAACUCAGGUUCGAUGGACAACCUAGGAGUGUGGAGAUACUUGGAGGCACUUGGGAUACCACCGGAAAAGGUUGCGCAGAAGAAAGAUUUCACAAAAAUGCUGCAGUACAUGGAACAAGUACAUGAAGCAACAUUGUGGUACUGCCUUAGGGAUGUGAUGGGUCAUCAUGACACUGUCAUCCAAGAGGAGUUACCUAUCAUUCCAACGGCCAAAUGGAAUGAUAUGGUGGACAAGUGCUAUGACCGAUUCUUCUCACAUGAGGCCCGACGGGCGGCGCGAGGAUUCCCCAAGUUGAGCAAUCUGCUCACACGACUCCAAGACUUCUCAACGGUCAUAGAGGCAAACAGAGCCAUGAAAAGAGGUGAUAUAGGACGGUUGAUAAAUGUGUGGAAGAUGUGGUCGAUCAUGACCCAAUCGCUUCCCGGACUCACUCAUUAUUCGGCUUACCUGCCCAGGCUCAUCCUCUUGCUCACCAAGAUACUCCCACCGUCUUUGGGCAAGCUGAUUUGCCACAGCAUUUUGGUGUCUCCAAGCGGUCGACCUAACCACUUCGUUGCGAAAGACUUCCUGUUGGAGACUCAUAACUACUGGCUCAAAUAUUUCUACACACGAGGCGGCAUAGGGACUCAGAUUGAUCGGCUGCAAGCCUAUUUCUUGUCAAACAUUCCUACUUUGCGGACUAUGUUUGAUUCUUUGCGAUUGGACAGUGGAGCUAAACAUAUCCAACAGAGCCAUAAACCGUUGCUCACCCUCCGAGGACUCGAAAGAUUUCAACAGAUGGCCCAACCGAAUGGCAUCCUCACCAUCAACUCCAGUUCCGGCGCUCCUGCCCCAGUCGAAAUCAAGAAUACGUACAUUCAGGGUCUUAUUUUGUUACAGGAAGAGAUUUCCACCAAAGCGAAUGAACUAGGUCGGUUUACCAUGCAUCUCCCAUUUGAUGAGCAGUGUGAAUCUUAUCCUAGCGAUCCCGAGGAUCAAGCUGAACCCAAAGGAGAACCAAACAAAUCACCAUCCAUUCGAUCCGGUUCCCCCAGCCAAUAUUCAAUGGAUGAAGAUUGA